GUGAAUGGCUCUGAUUAUCCUCGGCGUACAACGACCUAAACACUGGCCCGGGAACUGAUAAACAAACAGCCAAAUAACGCGCUGCGUAAAAGCUCUCCACGGCGCCGGUCGCGGGUGCGCAAGGACACCGUGUCAGCGGAGACUCUGACGUGUUUUGUUUUUGUUUUUCUCUUCCUUUCUGGUUGCGGUUGCUUAUUUCUGUGCGCAAUAGAGAAAUGCGGAUAUCUUGAUUUGGACAUGUGAGUCACGGGAGUUAUCAAGACAAGCAGCCCCCUUCUUAUUCGAACAUGAAGUUCCUCGCUUGCCUCCUCGUCGCUCUGCUGGUGAUCCCAUCGAGUGCGGCACAGUCAGUUUGCCCCGGCACGGAGAACAAGCUGAGCACUCUGUCCGACCUGGACCAGCAGUACCGCACCCUGAAGAAGCUCUACGAGAACUGCGAAGUCGUCAUGGGCAACUUGGAGAUCACCAGCAUCGAUCGCAACCGCAACCUGUCCUUCCUCAAGUCCAUCAGAGAGGUGACCGGCUACGUGCUGGUGGCUCUCAACCAGUUCGACUACCUGCCGCUGGAGAACCUGCGGAUCGUCCGAGGCACCACGCUGUACGAGGGUCGCUACUCGCUGGCCAUCUUCCUCAACUACCGGCGGGACGGCUACUACGGCCUGAGGCAGCUGGGCCUGCGCAACCUCACAGAGGUUCUGAACGGGGGCGUUUACGUGGACCAGAACAAGUUCCUGUGCCACGCGGACACCAUCCACUGGCGUGACAUCAUCAAGAACCCCCAGGCUGAGCUGCUGGUGGUUUCGUCCAACAACAGCAACCUCGGAUGCCGACGCUGCCACCGCUCGUGUAACGGACGCUGCUGGGGCCACCAGGAAGACCAGUGUCAGACCCUGACAAAGACGGUGUGUGCAGAGCAGUGUGACGGUCGCUGCUUCGGGCCUUACGUCAGCGACUGCUGCCAUCGCGAGUGUGCCGGCGGCUGCUCGGGCCCCAAGGACACCGACUGCUUCGCCUGCACCAACUUCAACGACAGCGGCGCGUGCGUGACCCAGUGCCCUCAGCCGUUUGUGUACAACCCCACCUCCUUCCAGCUGGAGCACAACCCCCGAGCCAAGUACACCUACGGAGCCUUCUGCGUCAAGAAAUGCCCACAUAACUUUGUGGUGGACCACAGCUCCUGCGUCAGAGCGUGUCCCAGCAACAAGAUGGAGGUGGAGGAGAACCGCGUCAAGAUGUGCAUCCCCUGCACCGACAUCUGUCCCAAAGUGUGCGACGGCAUCGGGACGGGCAGCCUGCAGGCCGCGCAAACCGUGGACGCCAGCAACAUCGACAAGUUUGUCAACUGCACCAAGAUCAACGGCAACCUCAUCUUCCUCAUCACUGGCAUCAAAGGGGACGUUUAUCACGGCAUCGGACCCCUGGACCCCGAACGGCUCAACGCGUUCCGCACUGUGAGAGAGAUCACAGGUUUCCUCAAUAUCCAGUCAUGGCCCGAGAACAUGACGGAUCUCGGCGUUUUUUCCAGCCUGGCAACCAUUGGCGGGAGAUCCCUUUACAGUGGGAGUGGUAUUUCGCUGUUGAUCCUGAAGCAGCGCUGGAUCUCCUCGCUUCAGUUCCAGUCGCUGGACGAGAUCAGCGCGGGAAACGUCUACAUCUUCAACAACAGCCGCCUGUGCUUCUACAACACCGUCAACUGGACGUCGCUCUUCAGGACGCCGAGUCAGAAGGUCCUCAUCCGCAACAACCGCACUCCCAAGGAAUGCACCCAGCAGCAGAUGGUGUGCGAUCGGAUGUGCUCUGACGACGGGUGCUGGGGCCCGGGGCCCGACCAGUGUCUCUCCUGCCGAUACUUCAGACGAGGUCGCGCCUGUGUGGAGUCCUGCAACCUUUUUGACGGGGACAUGCGAGAAUUUGACAAUGGCUCGGUGUGCCUGGAGUGUGAUGGCCAGUGUGAGAAGAAGGACGGGAGCGCCAUGACGUGCCUCGGCCAGGGCCCGGACCAAUGUGUGAAAUGCCUCCACUUCAAAGACGGACCCAACUGUGUGGAGAAAUGCCCCGAUGGGUUGCAGGGGGCCAACAGCUUCAUCUUCAAGUACGCCAAGGCCAACAACGAGUGUCAUCCCUGCCAUGCCAACUGCACCCAGGGGUGCGUCGGGCCGAGACUCCAAGAUUGCGUGGGGAUGAUGGACAGGACACCACUGAUAGCGGCCGGCAUUAUCGGCGGCCUGUUCAUCGUCGUCAUCCUGGCGCUCAGCGUGGCCGUUUCUGUCCGACGCAAAAGCAUCAAGAAGAAGAGGGCCCUGCGGCGCUUCCUGGAGACGGAGCUGGUGGAGCCGCUGACCCCGAGCGGGACGGCCCCCAACCAGGCCCAGCUGCGCAUCCUCAAGGAGACCGAGCUGAAGAAGGUCAAGAUCCUGGGCUCCGGGGCUUUCGGGACCGUCUACAAGGGCAUCUGGGUCCCCGAAGGUGAGACGGUGAAGAUCCCCGUGGCUAUUAAAAUCCUCAACGAGACCACGGGCCCCAAAGCCAACGUGGAGUUCAUGGACGAGGCCCUGAUCAUGGCCAGCGUGGAGCACCCCCACCUGGUGCGCCUGCUGGGCGUGUGCCUGAGCCCCACCAUCCAGCUGGUCACCCAGCUCAUGCCCCACGGCUGCCUCCUCGACUACGUGCACGAGCACAAGGACAACAUCGGCUCGCAGCUGCUGCUCAACUGGUGUGUCCAGAUCGCCAAGGGGAUGAUGUACCUGGAGGAGAGGAGGCUGGUCCACAGGGACCUGGCGGCCCGGAACGUGCUGGUGAAGUCGCCCAAUCACAUCAAGAUCACCGACUUCGGCCUGGCGCGGCUGCUGGACGCCGACGAGAAGGAGUACAACGCAGACGGGGGCAAGGUUGGUAUGCCCAUUAAAUGGAUGGCUCUGGAAUGCAUCCACUACAGGAAGUUCACCCAUCAGAGUGACGUGUGGAGCUAUGGAGUGACCAUCUGGGAGCUGAUGACCUUCGGAGGAAAGCCGUACGACGGCAUCCCCACGCGAGAAAUCCCAGACAUCCUGGAGAAGGGGGAGCGCCUGCCCCAGCCGCCCAUCUGCACCAUAGAUGUCUACAUGGUCAUGGUCAAAUGCUGGAUGAUCGACGCGGACAGCAGGCCGAAGUUCAAGGAGCUGGCGGCUGAGUUCUGCAGAAUGGCCCGGGACCCCCAGCGCUACCUGGUCAUCCAGGGAGAUGACCGCAUGAAGCUGCCCAGCCCCAAUGACAGCAAGUUCUUCCAGAGCCUUCUGGAGGAGGAGGACCUGAAUGACUUGAUGGAUGCUGACGAGUACCUGGUGCCUCGGGGCUUCAACGCGGCCCCUCCGUCGUACACCACCAGGCCUCGCGUCGACUCCAACCGAUUUGGCUAUCGAGAUGGUGGCCCGAACCCAGUGGAGGGCUCGGCGCCGGGGGCCCAAGCCUCCGUCGUGAACCCGGAGGCCGCGGGGGGAACCGGGCCGGCCCUGGAGGACCAGCGCUGCAACGGGAGCCUGCAUCAGAAGAGCCAGGGCCCGGCCGGAGGAGGAGAGGACAGCGGGGGCCAAAGGUACAGCGCCGACCCCACCAUCUUCCUGGGGGAGAGGGCGCCCAGAGGGGACACCGACGAGGACGGAUACAUGACGUCCACGAAGGACAAGAGCUCCUCAGGUACUCAAGAAUACCUGAACCCCAUCGAGGAGAACCCGUUCGUCUCGCGGCGUAAGAACGGCGAGGUGCACGCCUUGGACAACCCCGGCUACCACAGCACGCCCAACAGCCAGCCCAAAGGAGAGGACGAGUACAUCAACGAGCCGCUGUACCUCAACACCUUCCACAGCCCCGUGGACCUGAGCCUAGAAGCCCUGAGGAGAAACGGCCUGCCGCUGCCCACCCAGCCCCCUUCUUGCAUCGCUCCCAUCGGCUCCCACCUCCCGCUCGCCAUCCAGACCGGCCUGCCCCACUACCCCCUCGCCGCUGGUCAGCCCUCUCCGUCUGGCAUGCCGUGCCACCACGGCCCGCCGGCCCACGUCGUGCACGGCCACCACGCCGUCAAGCCGCCGGGGCACGCCGGCCUUCCCGGCGGCCAGAGCCAAGCGCAAGGCUGCCAGCCGGGGGCCCCGCCCGCCAUCGGGCACGGCAGCCUGCCGGCUUACCAGAUCCACGCCGCCGCGCACCCCGCCAGCCUGCUCAAGCACGGGCUGACGACGGGCAAAGUCAGCGGCAAAAAGCUGAAGGUGACCUUUGACAAUCCAGAAUACUGGCAGCACAGCUUGCCUCCCAAGCCGUCGAACCCGGCGGCCCCCGAGGGCGCCCAGGGCGGCUCCGCCAACGCCAAGCUCUUCUACAAGCAGAACGGACACGCGCGGGCGCCGGCCGCGGCCGACAACCCAGAAUACCUGUCUGAGUUUUCCCUCAAAGCCGGCGCCGUCUUGCCGCCUCCGCCUUACCGGCAGCGGAACACUGUGGUCUAAAUCGUUCCACUUGAUAAAACGUUCCUCUAUCUGCUCCGCCCCAUCGCCACCCCCCACCCGCCUCGUCCCCUCUGCCCUGCGACCCGAGACACCCUCCCCGGUUCCACACAGAGGCGAGCGGCCACGACCAGAGCCCCCGAACUCUUUGCGAACAGCGGGCCAGCUGCUGCAGAACCCAGACCCCCCCCCCACCCCCACCCCUUCACCGCGUCCCACCCCCGUCCAUCUCCGUCCUGUAGAUAGAGACUGCGCUCCAAGGUCACAGAACGGGAAGGCUGAGCGGGGCACUUUGACCCCCCAUGGCCUCCAACCGGAUGCUCUCGGGCUCCGGGGGGGCCGACUGUAGGGACAGCGGCGGAUUUGCUGACCUUGUGGACUGAGGCCAAACGACACACAAUGUACAACGUGAAGAUAAAAGGGCCGCGAUGGUUCAGUCAAGACUUAAAGGACGAAGCGCCGAGAGCCGAUGAGUUAAAUUCAGUCCUGUUGCCUAUAGGAUUUAAACCGUUUCUUCUCUACUACUCCGUCAGAUAUGUGAAACUCAUCUACUGUUGCUGUGGUACUGUGAUGAUCAAACCUACAGUGUGCUAUAGUUCAACUCACAAGGAAACUCUUGUUUUUGACUGGCUGCUGUCUGCAAAAACAGCCUUUUCUCCAAGCCGAAGGGGAUUAGGGGAAAGAAACACUGAAAACUAUUUUAUAAGCCCUGGCUGCAGUGCUGAAAAGGUGGACUUUAAUUCACUGGUCUCCCCAUUCAGACCGCGAGGCUCACUUGAAAGGGUGAAGCAGCUGAACUAAAAAUGGUGAUUAUAGACACAGAGAGCGAACAGAUUCUACAGAGAGGGGAGGGGAAGUCGGCGCUCCACCCUCCUAAUGAAGACCUGGAGGAAGGAGCGAGACAGAAGAAGAACCACGCUGCUAUGCGCGUGGCCUGUGGGGAAAGGCGUCAGGGAGUCGGGAUCCUUUCUGAUUUUGCCACUAGUUCUCAUCGAGUUACAGCUCCUGGGCUGGACGCCGCUCGUCACCACAGCGGCAGAUGGCGCCGCUGCCUCGGCUCGUCACGGGUGGCACCUCCGGCAGCUUCAGUCGGCAUCAAAAUGCUCGAUAUUCAGCGGGACCUCAUUAUACUCAUCAACUCGCCCGACGAGCAUCGCUUCGACCCUCAGUGCCGACGCCUGAAGAGCACUGCUGGUCCAGCCCGGGGGGGGGGGGACCUGUGGGUGGGAGAACACCGUCCCGCGUGCCAGAGAUGGAGAAUGAAAAGCCGUAAUGAUGGUUUGCCCCCCCCCCGCGGCCCCGUUCCACAUCUCAGUUUAAUCAAUAUGAGCAAAAUCUUGUCGUUUCUCAACCCUUUUAAAAGUCUUGCUGUCCACCCAUAACCCCUUGUUAAUGUCAUGUAAUUAUUUAGUCAUCUGCCCGGGCUUUUUUCUUAUCGCUGGUAUUUAUUUAGCGUGUUUCAACGUCCGCCUCUGAGAUGUCUGUCCUCCCCCGCGGAGCGCGCUUGAUGUGUGAAGGGAAGUGUUCCACUUCUGAGAGCAAACGUCAGACAGAGUUUGCGAAGAAAGGCUUUUUAGGUUCUACUGACCACAUUCAAGAAUGUCCUUGUUUUGGCUUCAAACCGUAUUCAUAGUGCUGCUUUGAUGAUGUCAUGAUUAUUUGAUGAAGAAAUAUUUUGUAGUCCCUUUUGGAGCUCUGAUUCAACAGACUAGAAAAAGCAUUUAAUAUCACUAUGAAAGAUUCAUUGGGCUUUUCAUGGAAGCGCCUGGAAAAAUCUGUGCUUCGGGGUGGAGGGAAGAGAAGCAAAGAGGCUCGAAAAAAAUAUGUGUUUGAACCCAGACCGGAUAACACGAAGCGCUGGCGAGGCGAGCGGCCUCGAAUGUUCUCGAGAGCACUUCAGAGGAUCGAAGACACUCGGCGGCCGCUUUUAAUUCGACCUCCUCGAGGGUUCGUUGUCGCCUCGGCGACCUUUGUUCCUCCCUUCCCUUCCGAGCGGCACAAUUUGUUCUCUUUUGGGCGAAAGCAAUCACUUUGCCUCUCUCUCCGCUGGCUAAUGUCUCGUCUCAGAUAUUCGGCCUUCGGCGUCGGACGUUGUUCGCGGCUGCAAACACUCAAGAACGUUUCAGGCUGAUCACUGAUCAUUUCUUCUUCGUUUCCAGCGCGUCGUGUUCGCUCCCCGCCACGAGUCGCCGUGUUGUACUCGAGUGAAUCCUUCGAUGUUCCCUCCCACCAUAAAAGGCUGCAGUAGAGUCUAGUGUCUAGUACAAUAUCGCCUUGCAUGGUACCCAACGUGUUUUACUGCCCCCCCACCCCCCUUUGAAUCUCUACGUUGGUGACAGUAUUAUAUUCUAUUUCCUUUGUUGGAGAACCUUUUUGUUUAUACUGAAUUGUGUUUUUUUUAUGGGAUAUUUUUGUGUACACUACCCUAUAUAGUCUUUUAUUGUCGGGUCGUUUUCCAUAUAAGGUUGUUUAUCUCCGAGGGAGAAAAAAAACGAACCUUCUGUAUCGCUUCCCACUAUUUUGUUGUUUGUUGUCGUUCGCAUCUAAAUUGCACAAAACAUCGCUUUCGUUUUGGAUUAUCGGAUCAGUACAAAUGUACAGAAUCUUUGGGGUUUCCUCCAAAACGUCUAUAAAACACACUUCAACAACAAAUGUGAAUAGUAUUUUUAUAAAGCCCCCAAAUGGCCCACGUGGUGAAUUUGUACAUAAGGAGGUCGACGCUGUGGAUUUAUAUGGUCUGUUUUUUUUUCCUCCCGCCUCCGACAGGUUGUACAAAAGGAGCCGUACAUAUUUGCUUCAUGUGAGUGGACCGUUUGACUAAUGGGACUCCAAAAAAGUGCUUGUUGACCCCCCCUCAUGUGAAGACCCUCCAGAGUGGCCGUCCUCGUGUGAUGUUUCAGUUUAAAAGCGGUGAUAGAGGGUCGUGGGGAGGUAAAGGGUGGGAGGGGGGGGGGGG